AUGGAUAUCGGAGGACUGACCACAGUGGUAGCUAAUUCUGCUUACAUCAAUGCUCGUGGAAGCAUCGAUGGCUCCAGUACAGCUGCAGCUCGGGAUAAGAAGUACCAUUCUCGCCUCAAACUGCCCCACAUCACUGUGUGUGAGGACCUGAGGGACACCCUGGAUGUGACCUUUGACACAGUCUGCGUGGAACAACCCAUCGGCAAACGCCUCUUUAGGGAAUUCUUGGAUUCAAAUACAGAUUAUCACAGUGUUUGCCGUUUGUGGAAAGACAUCGAGGGAUAUGACCUGGCGGAGGACUCCGACAGGGCAAAGAAGGCCUCAAAGAUUGUCGACCGUUACAUGGACCCCUCUGCCAAACACUACUGCCCAUACCUGUCUGAGGACAUCAUAGCUAAGGUGAAGGAAAACCGGGAGGCUGCAGGCGAUAAUUUGUUUGCUGCAGCAUUGGCCCCCACGUUGGACUAUCUGCGUGAGGCCCCCUACACCUCCUUCCUGGAGAGCUUGUAUUUGAAGAGGUUCCUGCAGUGGAAGUGGCUAGAGAUGCAGCCCAUGGAUGCAGACUGGUUCCUAGACUUCCGAGUGCUGGGGAAAGGUGGGUUUGGGGAGGUGUCUGCCUGUCAGAUGAAAGCCACAGGAAAAUUGUAUGCCUCUAAGAAACUCAACAAGAAGAGGCUGAAGAAGAGGAAAGGCUAUGAGGGGGCGAUGGUGGAGAAGAGGAUCCUUGAGAAGGUUCACAGUCGCUUCAUUGUGUCAUUGGCGUACGCCUUCCAGACAAAGGAAGAACUCUGUCUGGUCAUGACCAUCAUGAAUGGAGGAGAUCUCAAGUACCAUAUCUACCUGGUGGAUGAGAACAACCCGGGGUUUGACGAGCCCAGAGCCUGUUUUUACAUCGCUCAGAUCAUCCAAGGCUUGGAGCACCUCCACCAGAAAAGGAUCAUCUACAGAGAUCUCAAACCAGAAAAUGUGCUUCUAGAUAACGAUGGGAAUGUGCGUAUAUCUGACCUGGGUCUUGCUGUGGAGCUAAAAGAAGGCAGAACAGUGACCAAAGGAUAUGCUGGGACACCAGGGUACAUGGCUCCAGAGAUGCUGAAGGGAGAGAAGUAUGACACUUCAGUCGACUACUUCACCCUGGGAGUGACACUGUUUGAGUUCAUGGCUGCUAAAAACCCUUUCAGAAAAAGGGGGGAGAAGGUUGAACGUGAAGAAAUGAAAGAGCGUAUGCUCACCCUGGCGGUGACCUAUCCGGACAAUUUCAGUGAGCAUGCCAAGUCGCUCUGUGAAGCGCUGCUGGCUAAAGAGGUUGAUAAGAGGAUGGGUUUUAAGAAUGAAUGCUGUGAUGAGAUCAGAGAACACCCAUUUUUCAGUGACAUCAACUGGAGGAAACUGAAUGCAGGUAUUCUGUCUCCUCCUUUCGUCCCGGACCCUAAAGUUGUGUACGCUAAAAGUCUGGAUGACGUCGGGGCUUUCUCCUCGGUGAAGGGAGUGGGCUUGGAGGACACUGACAAGACCUUUUUUGAUGAGUUUUCCUCAGGCAACAUCCCAAUCCCCUGGCAAGAGGAGAUGAUCGAAACAGGCAUUUAUGGAGAGCUCAAUGUUUGGGGUCCUCGUGGCAGCGUCCCAAAUGACCUCCGCAGAGAGUCGAUACUAGAGCAGCCAAAGUCAUCAACCUGCUGCAUAUCAUAA